GGUAAGACGUGUCCGAUGAUUGGUGCCAUAGUUGAAGCAUGGCACGGCUAGACUCAAUAAUACAGGGAAGCUAACCUAGAUGGUAGGUUGUGGAUUGUCAGGAUAUACUCAGGCACGAAAUAGUUCCAUAAUUAAAUAGAGAAGAAUGGUGCACAGUAGAUCACCUUCACCUGCAUCAAGGCGUCGACGUAGCAAAUCACGCGAAAGGGAAACAAGAGACCGUGAUCGUGAUCGUGACAGACGUAGGAGACGAUCAGGGGAGAGGAAUAGGAGGAGGAGGCACCGCCGAUCUCGGUCGUGGUCACGUUCUCGAUCACGUUCAGACUCUAGAGGCAAGGAGAAGAGUUCCAAAUCAAAGGUUCAGCUUGCAGAAAGGCCUCCUAUCACUGACGCAGAUUUAGAAGGAAAGAGUCCUGAUGAACAGGAGAUGAUGAAGCUCAUGGGUUUUUGUGCUUUUGAUACUACAAAGGGAAAGAAAGUAUCUGGAAAUGAGGUUGGCACAGUUCAUGUCAUUCUGAAGCGCAAGUACCGUCAAUACAUGAAUCGGAAAGGUGGUUUCAAUAGACCGCUGGACUUCGUGGCUUAAAAUACAAUUCAUGACACAUCUUACUCAAACAUGCUGUGCUGCCCAAGACUGGAGAUGGAUGCGGACAGUUCUAAAUACUGAACCACUGACGUUCUGUGUAAAUAAGCGGAGGAAGAUCCAGCAUGUUUCUGGAGAACUGAACAUAUAAUGUUAAGUCUAAUUACAUAAUAUCCAACUUUGGGUUCCAGUUUAUUACUUUCGUGUAGCAUUUCAUCUGUUAAUAUUGUAUCAUUUCCUUUACAGGUAGAAAUUAAAUAAUUAUUUUUGUUUCAAAACAGCAUUACAGUGAAUGUACAAUACAAAAAGAAUGAAGCCAGAAUUUCUUCAGAAUAUAAUGUUCAAAAUAAAAAAUAUACACAAGCC